AUGUUCAAGACUUCUUCAGAAUCCCGUUUGGUUGGCGAAAGCUGUCGACGGAAUACAGAUUGUGUGUCUGGAGCCUAUUGUGAGACCGGUCGGUGUCGUUGUUUGGGUAACUAUGUGGAAAUGAAAGAUCACUGUUGGAGAAGAGUAAAUCCGGAGGAAUCCGGUUGCACGUACGAUGUACAAUGUGAUGCCAUUUGGCCUGGAUCUUUCUGUCAAUACUCGAUUUGCAAAUGUCCAUUGGGUAAAAUGGUUGCUGCAACGAGAGAAGGAGCUGUCUGUCAUUCACCUGGUGAAUGCCCAACUGGGAGUGUCUCCUCAGCUCUCCUCAAUCGCAACUCGCUAUCGCUGGCAAAUUGCUAUUUCUUUGAUGGAGAGGAUCGACGAGCUGGGAAAUUUAUUGGAUGUGAUGAUUACCCUGAAGUUCAUGAAUGCAUUGAGGGACUUUGCUGCCCAACUAGAGCUCUCACUUGCAUUCAACCGGCCGAUCCGGGCGAUGGAGGAAAUGAGACAUCAAUUGUAACACCGAGAUGGUAUUAUGAUUCGAUCACUGGUAGUUGCCAGCAGUUCAAUUAUUCGGGACAAGGCGGAAAUUCCAACAAUUUUCUUACCAAGCAACAAUGUGAGAGCUAUUGUGAAGCAAGAUGUGCCCGAGGACAACCACAACUCGAUUUUACUGUUCAAGACUCGGAUCCCUUGGCUUCGUUGACACUUUUAUGUCAAAGAGAUUCGGAUUGUGAUGAGGAUAGGUUCUCUUGUCAAACGAGAAGUUCCACUAGCAGCUGUUGUCCAAAAGCCGAGUUCAUUUGCUCUGAACAUGGUGGUCUUCUCGGAGAACAGGUUGAUCUCACUUCAUCCGUUUCCACAACAAUUCCAUUCUCUGCGGGGAGUAGCCGAAACGGAGUACAGCCAGCUACAAGAUGGUACUGGGAUGACAAUGAACGGCGCUGUAGAACGUUCCAAUAUCUCGGACAGGGUGGAAACUUUAACAAUUUCCUCUCGGAACAACAUUGCCUGGGUUACUGUACAAAAGCUUUGUGUCCAUAUGGGACUCCUCUCCGAAUUUCAUCGGGUUCUCUCAUUGAAUGCUCGGUUUCUUCACAAUGCCCGAGAAGUCAUCAAUGUGUUUCCGGGGCUUGUUGUCCUACAUCUGCCACAAUCUGCAAUCAGCCAUUAUCUGAAGGAGUCAACUGUCUAUCCGAAGAAGUACCGAGAUUCUGGUUUGACCCAUCGACUGGCUCCUGUCAACAGUUUUCUUAUCGUGGCUGUCAAGGAAAUGCAAACAAUUUCCACACCCAUCGUGAAUGUCAAACAUUUUGCAGUCAAAUUGAAGAGGAGCCAAAGUGCGUGGUUGGAGAAGCGUUGCGUUUGGAGAGUGGUCGAUUCUGGAAAUGCGGAGUGAGAGGGGUGACUUGCCCGAAUCAGUACGAGUGUCUCUUUGAUGGGAAUCAACACGGAUGCUGUCCGACACAAGCAUAUACAUGCAGUCAAAUGCCGGACGAGGGACGCUCAUGUUCGCCUGGGAUCUCGAUUCGAUGGUUCUACGACAACAAACACGCUCAAUGCCGGUCAUUUUCUUACCGAGGAUGUGACGGAAAUUCGAACAACUUUGCUUCACAAAAAGAUUGUGAAGAUUAUUGUGUCCAAAAGCUGAAAUGCCCUCCACCCUACACAAAUCCCUUCGAAGCACCACAGUUUUGCAGCCCACAAUACAAAUCGUGUCAAGAAGAGCACGAAUGUGUUUCGGUUACUUCAUCAAAUCAUGUCUGUUGUGCUCCACAAGUUCGACCGUCACUACGAAUAUUGAUCACAAAGUUGUGUGGAGAUCGCUGGAAACCG